CAUAAACCCUUAAAAACAAAUAAACCAUACCCACAUCACAAGUUUCACAAACAAUCAAAACCCAUAUAUCAAAAACAAAACUUUAUCAAAAUUCACCCUUCACUUCACCCAUAUAUAUAUAUAUAUAUACAUAUUAGAUAUAGACAUAGAUUUUCUUGAUUUUUUUUUUGAAAAUAAUUUAUCGGAAAGAGUAUUUAUUUAUUAAUGUAUAGAUCUGGAAGUGUAAUGGCAUGGAAUGUAUUCAAAUUUUGUACGGCUUUAAGAGGGCUUGGCUCAAUCAUGAUCUUAUUGGUUCUUGGUGUUGUGGGUGUCACAUAUUACGCUGUCGUUUUGUGUAAUUAUGGUCCAUCUUUGACCUCUGGCGGCCUUGAUUCCUUAAUAUCACUUCUUGUUUUAAUUAUUUUCCACACGCUGCUGGGGAUGCUUUUAUGGAGUUAUUAUUCGGUGGUCUUCACAGACCCGGGUAGUGUUCCACCUAAUUAUAGGCCAUUGGUUGAUGAAGAAAGAGGAGAAAUUGAUCCAUUGGAAGCAUCUGAAUUUGGCCCGUUGGCUAAAUCUGAUCCUACCAAUACAAGAAUCCGUUUUUGUCGGAAGUGUAACCAGUUAAAACCGCCUCGGUGCCACCAUUGCUCUCUUUGUGGGAGGUGUGUGCUUAAAAUGGAUCAUCAUUGUGUGUGGGUUGUUAAUUGUGUUGGGGCAUUAAACUACAAGUACUUUCUUCUCUUCCUGUUCUACACAUUUCUUGAGACAACGGUUGUAACUUUAGCCUUGUUACCACAUUUCAUAGCAUUCUUUAGUGAAGGAGAGAUUCCUGGGUCACCUAGCACUCUAGCGACAACCUUCCUUGCUUUUGUCUUGAAUUUGGCAUUUGCCUUGAGUGUUUUUGGGUUUCUGAUUAUGCAUAUAUCGCUAGUGUCUGCUAAUACCACAACCAUUGAGGCAUACGAGAAGAAGACUACUCCAAAAUGGCGCUAUGAUCUUGGUCGUAGGAGGAACUUUGAACAGGUAUUCGGAACUGUACAAAAGUAUUGGUUUAUUCCAGCGUAUUCUGAAGAAGAUUUGCGAAGAAUGCCCGCCCUUCAAGGCAUGGAGUAUCCGUCAAAACCAGAUUUGGAUGCCCAAGAAUUCUAAAACAGGAGCAUCAAGGAAACUGUUUUCUUGUUGGUUUAUAGCAUCAGUGCCUGACCCCUCCACAUGAUGCACGGAAAAGACUGCGACUGAUUUCGGUGUUAUAGGCGUUUAACUUUUGUAGAAGGGUAUUAGCUGGACUGGUAGCGGAGAGGAGUUGUAUGAAAGGAAUGUUCACGGGUACAGAUUUUCAGGUCGGGGGUUAAAGAAGCUACUUAUAUAGUGUUGUUGCCAAGAAAUGUACAUUAGUAACAUUUGAAGAAUCCCUUACACGUAAUGAACAUGCAACUUUGUGUUGA